AGGGUUUAGCACUUCGGCUCCCGCUAUCUCCCCUUCUCCUUCGUCGCCUUCAUUCGAAACCCUAACCCUAGCGCUCGAAUCCCUUGAUCGCCGCCGCCAUGAAUUUCCGCUUCCAAAAUCUUCUCGGAGCGCCGUACCGUGGAGGAAACGCAGUUGUGUCGGAGAACUCCACCCUUCUCUCCGCUAUCGGCAACCGUAUCGCCGCCACCGACCUCGUGAAAUCACAGACCAUAACCCUCACCUUAGAGGCCUCCACCAACCUAUCUCGCCUUGACGCCUCCCCGGACGGCCACUUCCUCAUCGCCGUCGAUGAUGCCGGCCGCAUGUAUUAUGUCAACCUCCGCCGCCGCGUGCUGCUCCACGGUAUGACGCUUAAAGGCCCUGCCUCCGCUCUGCGGUUCUCGCCGGAUGGUGCCUUGUUCGCUGUUGCUAUCGGUCGCCGCGUUCAGGUUUGGAGGUCACCAGGGUUCCGCAAAGAAUUCUUUCCCUUCGAGCGUGUGCACGAGCUCCGGCCAUGUGCUGCGGACGUGACGGUGAUCAAUUGGAGCCCCGAUUCGGCGUACCUUCUAGUAGGGUCUAAGGAUCUCACUGUUAGGCUUUACUGCUUGAAGAGCUACGGGGGUUCUAAAAAGCCUUACCUGUUUCUAGGACACAGGGAGUCCAUUGUUGGCGCCUUUUUUGCAAUGAAGAAGAAUGAUAAUGCUUACCGGGUCUAUACAAUAUCUAAAGAUGGGGCUGUUUUCACUUGGAAAUUGGAUGAAAGCCAGCAUCUUGAUGACUCUAAACGGAUGGAUUUAGAUCCGCCAUCCCCUGGCACCCCUGAACAAAGAUCCCCAGGAGAGAACAACAAUGAAAGUAUGGAGGAAUUUGAGGAAAAUGGUAGAAAAAGACGGCUUGGUGAUGGAGAAUCUGAAAUCCCUUUGAACCGGGCUAAAUGGGAGCUGGUGAAGAAGGAUUUCUUCAUGCAAACCCCGGCGAAGUUGACUGCCUGUGAUUACCAUCGGGAGCUAGAUAUGGUGGUCGUGGGGUUCUCAAAUGGGAUUUUUGGGCUCUACCAGAUGCCAGACUUCGUUUGCAUUCACUUGCUUUCUAUAUCAAGGGAGAAAAUCACAACUGCUGUUUUCAAUCAGCUUGGUAAUUGGCUGGUGUUUGGCUGUGCAAAACUUGGGCAGCUUCUUGUGUGGGAGUGGCGUUCUGAGACUUACAUACUGAAGCAACAAGGACAUUAUUUUGAUGUGAACUGUAUUGCUUACUCACCUGACUCACAGAUGCUUGCUACUGGGGCCGAUGACAACAAAGUUAAGGUGUGGACUGUUUCAUCAGGUUUUUGUUUUGUAACAUUCUCUGAGCACACUAAUGCUGUCACCGCUGUCCAUUUUAUGCCUAAUAGCCAUAGUCUACUGAGUGCUUCUCUAGAUGGGACAGUUCGUGCUUGGGAUUUGUUUCGUUAUCGAAAUUUUAGAACAUUUACUACUCCUUCACCUAGGCAGUUUGUCUCUUUGGCAUCUGAUGUAAGUGGUGAAGUAAUUUGUGCUGGAACUCUGGAUUCCUUUGAGAUUUUUGUUUGGUCAAUGAAGACUGGUCGAUUGUUGGAUGUUCUUAGUGGUCACGAGGGCCCAGUUCAUGGGUUAAUGUUUUCACCAACAAAUGCUGUUUUGGCAUCGUCUUCAUGGGAUAAAACAGUUCGAUUAUGGGAUGUUUUUGACGGAAAAGGUGCAGUUGAGACAUUUCGACAUUUACAUGAUGUUCUUACUGUGGCUUAUCGUCCAGAUGGAAAGCAAAUAGCCUGCAGCACACUAGAUGGCCAAAUUCAUUUCUGGGAUCCUAUGGAUGGCAUCUUGAUGUACACUAUUGAGGGCCGCAGGGAUAUUGCUGGUGGGCGACUUAUGACUGACAGACGUUCAGCGGCCAAUUCAAGUUCAGGAAAAUACUUUACAACAUUAUGCUAUUCUGCUGAUGGGAGUUACAUUUUAGCCGGAGGGAAUAGCAAGUAUGUAUGCAUGUAUGAUAUCUCAGAGCAGGUAUUGAUUCGGAGGUUUCAAAUAACUCGGAAUCUCUCUUUGGAUGGAGUUCUCGACUUUUUGAACUCCAAAAGAAUGACAGAUGCUGGUCCAGUGGAUUUAAUCAAUGACGAGAAUGAUGAUAUUAAUGAAGGUGUUGAUCGGCAAACAAGGGUUAAGCUAGGUGGUGAUUUACCAGGGUCUUUGCCAAACCGGGGUCGGCUUACUGUUCGUACAAAAUGUCUUAAAAUUGCACCGACAGGAAGAAGCUGGGCAGCGGCAACUACUGAGGGGGUUAUCUUGUAUUCUGUUGAUGACUCAUUUGUGUUUGAUCCCACAGAUCUUGACAUUGAUGUCACACCUGAGGCUGUAAAUGAAGCUCUUAUGGCAGAAAACCCACAAAGGGCAUUGUUACUCAGCCUUCGUCUAAAUGAAGACUCAUUAAUCAAGGAAUGCAUAUUUUCAGUGAAUCCACUGGAUAUAAAAGCGGUCUCUCUAUCCAUACCAUUCAAGCACAUGCAGAGGCUGAUUGAGGCUUUAGCUGAUCUCUUGGAAAGUUGUCCCCAUCUUGAAUUUAUUCUUCAGUGGUGCCAGGACCUUUGUGAAGCCCAUGGUCAUUCUAUCCAACAGAACUCUAGAAGUCUUCUUCCAUCUUUGAGAUCCAUGCAGAAGGCUAUUACAAAGAUUCAUGAAGAUCUUUCUGACAUAUGUUCUUCCAAUGAGUAUAUGCUCCAGUAUUUAUGUUCCACAAGUGAGAAAACCCAAUAGUACUAUUUGCAAAAAGCCCAGGUAGUAAGUAAUAUUUGAAGGUCCAUGUCACUAUUCUUUUUUUUUUUUAAAGAAAAUUCUUUCUUCAUAGUGCUCAAUCCCCCACAUCUUGCAUUUCUCACUUGCAAAUUUGACUGGUUUGGAUAAAAAUAUAAUAAUGUCUCAGCUCCUUCCACUUUAGAAUUAUAAACUAUCAUGAGGUGGCAAGAUAGGGAUUCACUCAAUCUCCUUAGUUGUCUAUGUUUUGUUUGAGAGUAACUGCUGAAAUUGCUCAUGCUGUAAACUUGUUUCUAAUGAUUUGAUUUGUGAAGAAUUGUAGCAAUCAUGAGCAUCAUGAAGACAAGCUGAGGCUGGUUGAUUUCUUUCAGCAAAAGUAUUCCGUCUUUUGUACCAAUUAAUUACUCUUGACACUAAACUCUACUUGUUCAUUUAUUCAUUUAAUGCCUACUGCUUUUCAUAUAAAUAGGAUAGAUUAUUAUUUAGACCAGAAUGGUAGUUUUAAGAGCCUAUUAUUAUAUAGUUUCAAGGACAAUUAUGAUCAAUGCCUGCCUGUUUCUUUAUUGUAAUCAAGGUUGUGACUGCAACGCCUUAUGCUAGUCAUGUUUUGCUAAUGCCAUAACUUUUCAGUUCUUUCUAACUUUUCUUUCCACAAUUCACUUUCCAUGUUUUUUUUUUGGUAGAAUGCUUGUCCCCAGUCUCACCAGCUACUUUUGCUGAAUUUUUACAUGGUGAUGCUUUCUAUUGAUGGGAUAUCAGUCCGGCACUUCAUAAUUCUCCACAUUAGUAUGUUUGAUUUAUCGUAUUCCCCAUAGAUGGAAGUACAUAAUUUUAACACGUCGAUGGUUUCUAUUAAUCAAAUAUCAGCAAUGCACCUCAUAAUUCUCCUCCGCAAUAUGUUUGAUUUACAGAGUUCAAGAUUAAUAGAGGCUACAUCGUCUUCCAUGGACCCAGUUUCUUCAGCCGGAAUCGGGUACCAGUGGUCAUCAGUGAGCUUGGUGCCGGAGAAAAUACAUAUUCACAUUGUAAAUUUAAUUUGUCAUUUUCUUCUCGAUCAUACAAGCGAUUUUUUUUUUUGUUUUAUUUGUUGUUACUGGUUUUCGGUAUCAUUGAAAUUGAACCCAUUAACCAGACCGGGUUAUCAUCUUGCCCUGUGUUACAGGGAUGGUGUCCCCGCAUGACCACUCGCACAUCGUACUGAUGGUGAGUGAUGUCAUCACAAACCUCUAGUUCUUGUCCAUGUGGCGAUAUUACAUUGUAACUGUUUAUCAAAUUGACAGCAUGUGAUGGGCACGGGCCGUCCGGAAAACCGGCCUAUACUGUAGACGGGCCGGUUACGGGUUGGAGUUUUCACGACCCGGGAUCCGGCGGGCCGGGUCAAACCCGGUUUAAUGUUAUUGUUUUUUUUU